AGUGCCCGAUCGGCUCAAAGGGUGGCCAGGAUCGGAUUGCGGCUGUGCGGCUGUAUCCAUGGCGCAUGUGGCUCGGGAGCUGCUCAAAAAAGAGCUCGUCAACUUGAUGAAGGAUGAGAGCUGCGGCUUCUCUGUGGGCCUGGAGGAUGACUCGGACUUCUUCACUUGGCGCGUGGUUUUUGAGGGGCCCUCCGACAGCCUGUACGAGGGCGGGAUCUUCACUGCGAUUUUGAAGUUCCCAGGGGACUUCCCCAACAACCCACCGGAGAUGCGGUUUGAGACCGAAAUGUGGCAUCCCAACAUCUAUCCCGACGGGCGAGUGUGCAUCUCGAUUUUGCACCCGCCUGGCACGGACCGGUUCAACGACCAGGAGACUGCGGAUGAGCGCUGGCGCCCCAUCCUUGGGGUGCACAGCAUCCUCAUCAGCGUGAUCUCGAUGCUGGUGGACCCGAACCUGAACUCCCCGGCCAACAUUGAUGCGGCGGUGCACAUGAAGAACGACGCAUGGCUGGGACUUGGCUCAUUUUGGGCCUUUCCGUUUUGCUCAGCUCCGUUUUGCUGCGUUCUGCUCCGACUUCGAGGGCUGGAAGAAGAAGGUGAGGCAGCUGACCCGCAAGAGCGUGGAAGGAUGAAAGGCCAAAGGCCGACCUUGGCUCCGAUGGUGGAUUUGUCUUAGAUCUUAUUUGGGCAUGCCUUUUCUGCAAACAAGGACACCCUCAACAAGAGACUUUUAAAGAUCGGUCAGGCUGCUUGCGGCUUGUCGCCUUCUGCUUGCCUUAAAGGCAACCGAGUCUGGGAAGUCUGGGAGCUUCCUUCCCAGGCAUUCCAAGAUCGGCUCCAAAUUGGAUACAUUCGACAUGCAGUCCCGAGGUUUGGGUCCUAAGACUCACUUAGAAUGCCCGGAAAGCACCAUGUGCAGCCUCUCGCCAACUCGAAGGCUGCCGUUCGAAUUGGGCGAAUUGUGCAUAUUGGCCGAGUGGUAAACACGGACGGCUCCAGCCCCGACAAGCUUCGCAGGCGUGCAUGCGUGCAUCGUCCCAGGUGCGGGCCACCCAUUCUUGUGCCUAUUGCA